CAACACGCUAGAAGGUGCUAACAAUGGCAACCGCGCUCUCGUCCUCCUCCUCCACCAUCCUCCUCUUCCCCCUCCUCCUCCGAAACCCUAACCCUAAACCUAACCCCCCUCGUCCCCAAUUUCUCCUCUUACCUCCCCGUCCCCAUCCAACCGCAACCCUACGCGCCUCCUCCUCCUCCGCCCACCUCCGCCUCCGCCAUGGCCCGAUCCACGCCCUGGAGACCCCUUCGCCCCACCCCCUCCGCCUCCGCCACGGACGCCGCAAUCACCACGGCCCGGUCUCCGCCAUGGGCGCCCCGUUCUUCCCCCUCGCCUCCGACAACCCCGCCGCCUACUUCAAGCCACCGAUCGUCGCCGCCGUCGCCGCCAUGGCGCGGUGGCUCCGCCUCUUCAGCGAGGCGCUCCUCGUGCGCCUCUUGCUCACGUGGUUCCCGAACGUCCCGUGGGAUCGGCAGCCCUUCUCCGCCCUCCGCGACCUCUGCGACCCGUAUCUCUCCAUCUUCCGCAAGGUCUUGCCCCCCCUCGGCAACGUCGACUUCAGCCCGAUCCUCGCGCUCACCGUGCUCGGCGUGAUCAGCUCCAUCCUCCAACGGAGCCCGCCCAUGCAGUGACCGGCUCGCGCCGCAACUAAGAAGAGUAAGCUGGAGGAAGCUGGUAUACACUUGAAGCUUGCAGCUGUCCAUUAGCCGGUGCUUCGUUAUAGAGUCCCUUUUGCUGAAAAUAUACGAUUUUGUGUAGAAUGCGAGGGUAGCUGAAGACAGGUAGUUAUUGCAUACCAGGUUAGGGUUUGAUGGAAAUGUUCUUUAGCUUUAAUUUUAGCUGAAGAUCAGGUUGUUAUAGCUUACUAGGUUAGGUUUGAUGGUAAUGGUUUUUUCUAGCUUUAUAGUCCAGGGAUAGCACAAUGAGAGUGUCUCGGGGAGCAAGGCACAGACGCAAUUCUGAACCUCUCACGGAAGUUCAGAUACAAGCUCAUAAAUUGGGCGUUCGAUGAAAUAGUAAUUAUGUCUGUUUACCCUUUUUUAAACUUUCAGAUCACGUAGUUGUGCGAAAAAUAUUGAACAGUAUAAUGUAGAAAGAGGAUUGAGCGUAAGGCUUGUUGCGCAUACGGUAUAGUAAUAACACGAAGUUUUUUGCGGUUA